AUGAUUUCAUGGGGCACUGAUGUAUCUAAAUGUCAGUAUUUGCAUAUGAGAUGUAUUGCACAUGUAAUUAAUCUGGUGGUUUCUGAUGGCUUAAAAGAAAUGAAUGCAUCUGUUAAAAAGAUUAGGGAUUGCAUUAGAUAUAUUAGAAACAGUCCCUCUAGGCUUAAACAAUUCAAUGAUCUUGCCCAUGAGGCUAAACUUGGUACUAAAAAGUCUCUAUGUCUUGAUGUUGCCACUAGAUGGAAUUCCACAUAUUUGAUGCUAGACACUGCUUGUUUGUUUAAGUCUGUGUUUGAUUCUUAUGAGGAGGUGAAUGAAUCUUUUAGGAAUGACAUGAUUGAAAAUAUUCCUAAUAUUCUUGAUUGGCAAACUGCAAAAAAAUUUGCUACUUGUUUGUCUUACUUUUACAUCACCACUCUUCGCAUAUCUGGCUCAUUAUAUGUGACCUCAAACAUGCAUUUUUUGGAGAUAUGUGAUUUGUCAAUUAUGUUGGAUGAAAUGAUUGUUAGUGAGGAUGUAGAGAUAAAACAUAUGGGUAAAAAAAUGAGAGAAAAGUUCAAUAACAAUUUGUUUGGCCAAGAUCAUGGUAAAGUUCUAUUUGAAAAUGUUAAAUCUGAAUUGAAUGCCUUGUUUGAUGAGUACCAAAAUGCAUACUUGUCUGGUGUUAGUGGGUCUGGCUUUCAAUUUAGUUCUAGUCAGCCAAUAGAGGGACUUGUUUCUAAUCAAAUGCCAAUUCUGACUAUGCCCCCACCUGCUAAGAGGCAUACUUCUUUAACGAAAACCAAAUUUGCUGAGCAUAAUAAGGGGCAUGCUGAAACUGGGCCAAGGAAAUCUGAGCUGGAAACUUAUUUGAAUGAGGCCCCUGUUGAGAGUGAUGAGGAUUUUAAUAUCCUUAAGUGGUGGAAGCUUAAUGCUGGAAGAUUUCCAAUCCUUUCGAGGAUGGCUCGAGAUAUCCUUGCUGUCCCAAUUUCUACAGUAGCCUCUGAAUCUGCAUUCAACACUUCUGGCAGAGUGCUUGACUGUUUUAGGAGUUCAUUAACUCCAAGAAUUGUGGAAGCCUUAGUAUGCACUCAAGACUGGCUCAGAGCUGAAAAUAUCCCUCUUGUCAUUGAAGAAUGUCUUGAUGAGCUUGAGCCUUUUGAACAAGUUGCUGCUGCUGAUUGCCUAUUCCUGAUGCCUUCAGUUGAUCAAUCUGAUUUUUGGAUGCUACAUUUUACAAGACACAAAUCUUUUGUAAUAGUUAGACCUAUUAUUUUUGCAUAUAAGUUUGAAUGUUUAGCUUGUAUAAUUGUAUUAAAACAAGGUUCAAUUUCAGGAUACAAAGUGUAUCCAUGA